GGCAGCCGUAGAAUUUCAAUGAGUUGAAUGAUUCGUAUAUAAAAACCUCCACAACUAUUUGCAGUAUCAAACUCAUCCAGCUUCUUCUACCAGUAAGACAUUGUCAAUAUUAUCCUCUACAAGCCAAAAUGAUGAAGAAAACCAUCAUCUGCCUUUUAAUUGUCGUGGCGAUGGCCGCAGCAGCACCUAGCCAAGUGAAUGAUCAUGAAGACCAUUCUGCAGAGAAACAUGACGACAAGCCAGCCCAUCAUGAAGAACCAGCCCAUACUGCAGAACACCAUGCUGCCAGACGAUCAGCGGAUAAGGAUGAAGAUCAUUCUGCUGAGAAACAUACCUCAUCCAACGAUAAGGACGCUCAUCAUGAACACUCAGCUGACGCCAAAGAGCACCACGCCAGCAAACGAUCCAACGAAAAGCACGAUGAGCAUUCAGCCGAAAAACACGAAAAUGAUUCUGCUGAAAAGCAUGACGAAUCUUCUGAAGCCAAGCCUAUCCAUCACGGAGAGUCAGCUCCAAAAUCAGAACACCACGCCAACAAACGGUCAGUUGAAUCAGUGGAAGCUAAGGCUGUUUCUCAUCAUGAAGAACCUGAACACGGUGCUGAAGCCCCCAAACUCGAACCAGCACAUCACGCUGAAAAGAUGGCCGAACCUGACGAUGACGAGGAAGCCGCCAAACCCGAACCGGCACAUCACGCAGAGCAUCACGCUUAACACAUGACUGAUCCUGUAUCAGAACAUGUGUCGGUGAAACAUUAAAUAGUUAUGUAUUUCACCUGGUAUUUAUUGACAUGUUUAAGCCUUAUAGUUAAAGUCAUUUGUUGGAAAUUAAGGCUGUGUAAAUUUAUCCUUAGGAUAAAAAUCCCUUUAUGAACUUCCAUUGGCUGAUUUAAUUCUUUCUAAUAGAAGAGCUCUAUGCUAAUUUCCUUUGUCCAGUGCUUGAAAACGUCUUUUUGUUCAGUAUCACUUGUGAAAAUUGCAACUGUAGCAUGACGAAAAAAAAUCUAUGCUGUAUCACACAAA